AAUUUUCAUUACAAAAAACAAAACUCGGGUAAAACGUUCGAUUUUGUCAAUCAAAUAACGAUAUCUUCGAAUCAUAUUAAUAAAAAGGAUCACAUUAUGGAUGAAGAUUUAGAGGAAAUGCGGGCACUUCGAGCUGCACGUUGGGAUCAGCAGAAGAUUGCAACAGCAAAGAAGUCUGCCGAAAAGACAUCUUCAACUCAAUCGGCGACACACUCUCAUCCCAGACCAAGCAGCUCUGCAAGCUCAGAAACUUUUCAAGAAUCUGAAGAUAGUGACAUGGCUAAAAUGAUGGGGUUCUCCGGUUUCGGAAAUGGUAAAAAAGCAAGAACUUUUGACCUUGACAAAAUGUUUGAACAAACUAGAAGAACUGCACAAGAAACGUCAAAGAGAAGUAGCAAGGAUGACAGUGGUGAUGAUGAUGAUAAUACUGAUAGUAAAAAAGAUGACCCAAGGAAGAAAGCUGGAAACAAGUCAAGGCAAGAUGAUGAUGACGAUGACGAUGAUAUGAUUGGUCCGCCAUUACCACCAGGGUUUAGUCGACCUUCGACCUCAAAGAAAGCAUCCGGUGCUGACAGUGAUGAUGACGAUGAGGAGGAUUAUGAAGAUGAUGAUGAAGACAACUUGCCUCCAGAGAAGAAGAUUCCUGCUACCCACGAGAUAGUCCUGAAUCAUGGCAAUAAAUCUGUAUCGGCUGUAGCUCUGGACCCUUCCGGUUCUAGGCUUGUGACCGGAGGCUAUGACUUUGAUGUGCGCUUCUGGGACUUCGCAGCGAUGGAUCCAUCACUCAACUCCUUCAGGUCCUUCCAACCAUUUGAAUGCCAUCAGAUCCGAACACUACAGUACAGCAUCACGGGAGACAGAAUACUCAUGGUGGCGGCCAAACCUCAGGCAAAGGUCGUUGACCGUGAUGGUUUUGAGGUCAUGGAGUGUGCCAAAGGUGAUCAGUAUAUCGUUGACAUGGGCAAGACAAAGGGACAUACUGCAAUGUUGAAUGGGGGUGCUUGGAAUCCAAAAGUUAAAGAAGAAUUUAUCACAUGUGCAAAUGAUGGCACAGUGAGAGUAUGGGAUGUCAACCAGGCAUGGAAGCAGCAACUGGUCAUCAAGUUCAGAAAUCAGGGCGGUCAGAAGACCAAUCCGAUGUGCUGCGUGUACAGCAGGGAUGCUAAGCUCAUCUCAGCAGGGUGCCUGGAUGGCAGUAUACAGCUCUGGGACAUGAAGAGGCCAUUGGUAAGGCCAACUUUUCAUCAAAAGAUGGCUCAUGGAAAGGGUACAGAGACAUCCUGCAUCACUUUCUCAUAUGACAAUCAGAUUUUUGUUACAAGAGGUGGUGAUGACACAAUGAAAUCCUGGGAUCUGAGAAACUUCAAGAGACCGGUCAAUGUUGUGACUGGACUGGAAAGCUUCUACCAAGUAUCUGAAUGUUGCUUCAGCCCGGAUGAUAAGAUGAUUUUGGCUGGCCAAUCAGUGAGGAGAGAACAAGAAGGAAAGCUCAUGUUUUACGACAGAAACACCUUCAACAAAAUAACUGAAUUAGAAUGUGGACAAGGGAGUGUAGUGAGAUGUCUAUGGCAUCCUAAGCUGAAUCAGAUCAUUAUAGGCUCUGGCAGCGGACUGGCAAAGGUCUUCUAUGACCCCAAUAGAAGUCACAGAGGAGCCAAGCUGUGUAUGGUGAAGAAGAGAAGAAACAGAGUGGAACCAGACAUAGUCAAAAGUGAACACGUCAUUGCUCCUAUUAUGUCAAGGAGAGGCAGACAUCGUAACAAGGAGGAGCCGAUGGAGAUGAUGGCUUACAAGAAACAGAUGAAAGACAGACAGGAUCCCGUCAAAUCAAGGAAACCUGAUUUACCUAUCAAACAAGGUCAAGGAGGUCGUAUUGCGGCUGGAGGUAGCACCCUAUCUCGCUACGUUGCCAUCCAGAUCGCCCUCACUAAGAAGGUUGAUCCUAACAUCGACGCAAGGGAAGCCAUCUUGAGACACGCAAAGGAUGCUGAAGAGAAACCUUUGUGGAUUGCACCAGCCUAUAAACACACCCAGCCCAACCCCAUCUUCCAUGAAUCAGAUGAAGAAGAAGAGGAUGAUGAGAGACCUAGCUGGGCGAAGAAAGCUAAGAUGGACUCAGACUCCAAGAAAUAGCCCAACUUUUAAGCAUUAGCUAGGCCCAAAAAGCAACAGAGGACUCAAGAAAUUUCCCAGCAGAGCCCUCGCCGGGCUAAGAAAGUGAAGAUGGACUCCAAAAAAUAGCCCAACCGAGUCCUAGCUGGGCCAAACAAGGAAAUAUAGACUCCUAGAAAUAGCAUCCCCCAAGUAUUGCUUGGCAAAAGAUUUAGCUUUUUUUAAUAGUCAUGAAUUGGAUAUUGCAGUUCAGAAUCUGUUGCAUGCAUGCUUUAUAAUUGAAAUAAAUCAUGGAUAGAGAAAAGUUACUAUUUUGCCAGUUCCAUUCCUUUAUUAAAAACCAGUGGUUUACUACAUUUCAAUUACCUAUAUAAGUAUGCAUUGCUUAACUCAAUUUUGACUGUUUGGAGAAUAAAUAUAAAUAAAAUCAUAAUUCAAGUUCAUGAACAUGCAUAGUGAUUAUUGAUCACUGUCUUCAAGUUAAAGGUACUAUGUCCCAUUUGCAGGACCAAAAAAUGAAAAGGUUAAAUUCCAACGGCAUUUGAAAGACAACACUAAUUUAGAACUUCGCUAAAAAAAA